GGUUGCCUGCUCUUAUUUUUCUGUGUUGAUCAUGCAAGCGCACAGUGGUGGUACUCGUUGUUUGGAAAAGGGACAAGUACAGUAGCCACAACUAAAGGAGUAACCACUGUAACGGCCCUGCCUGAGAAUAAGAAUCAAACUAUUUAUCCUAAGUUUAACAGUGAUAAUGGAACAACAUUGACCUCUUUGAGACCUGAUGGUGGAACAGCUGUGCCUACUCAGAGUACUAACAGUGGGGCACAGUUGGCUGAUUUGGGACCUGAAAAUAUAAACGAUGUGGACACUGACAGCACAACAGUUUUGCCCACUGGUAGUAUUAUCAGUCAGAAAAUGUUGACUAGUUUGAGUCCGGAUGGUGAGCAACCAUUGUCCAAUCUCAGUUCUGAUGGUGUGCUGCCAACAACCACUCUCAGUCCUGAUGGUGAAACAACUGUGCCUAGUAUCAGCUCUGAUAACAGAACACUGCAGCCCACGCUCCACUUUGACAAUGGAACAACUUUGGUAUCUGUUAGCACUACAAAUCAAACUGCUUUUGGUAAACUCCUUGACAUUGAUAAUGAAACAACUUUGACGACUUCAAACUCUGAAGGAGAAAUGACCACGGCACUUCCUAAUGCAACAACUUUGAAACAUGAUAACAGAACAAACCUGACAACUGAGAAUCUUGCUGGUGUUGGUGCAGAGAUUCUGAAUGUAGCUGAAGGCAUACGCAAUUUUGUUCAACACUGGGAUAAAAAAUCAACUUUGAGCCCAGUAACAACUGUACAGACAUCUGCUUCCAUUGUGGCCUUGACUGGUGUUUCAGACAGUGAAGUGUCUGUAACAAGUGAACCCAAGACUGUUGGGGUUACAACAGUGCAAGCUACAGAGCAGUCAAAAGUUACAUUUUCUUCAACAUUGGAAAAUGAAGCUUCUGCAAAAAUAGCCACAGAUGCAGAUCUUCUGCAGAGUGUUCCAAGGGACAAUAUGGAAGUGUCUGGUGAUGGAGAGAAUGGAUCCUCGAUGGGUGAGAGCCCAGAGGAAUUUAGUCCUUCAAAAAAUGAAACCAUUGUGACUGCCCCAGGAAAUGGAUCAAUGGAAAGUGGUUUGAAAGCAACCAACACAUCCACCUGGCAACAUUUGCUUCUUAAUGUCAGCUCAGAAAGUGAACAGAAGAUUGAGAGGCACCUGCUCAACAAUGCUUUGGUCCACUCGAAUGAGACAACUGAGAGGAAUGACAAGGAUGAAGGGGAUGUUUCCCUGCUCCAGAUAAUUGGCGAUCCUCCUCCAGAACCAAUCCUUAAAGUUGAAGGUCCAGACAAUAUCGCUGGAUACAUGUUUACACCAGAAGUUAACACGGGCCAGCUAGCUCGUGCUCACUUUCCUGCCAUCUUUUACCGGGACUUCUCUCUACUUUUUCACAUAAAACCGACAUCUGUUAAAUCAGGUGUUAUUUUUGCUGUCACAGAUUUCCAACAGAAGCUCAUGUAUGUAGGUGUAAAACUUUCUGCUGCUAAAGGAGACACUCGCAAUGUUCUUUUCUACUACACUGAACCCGACGCUGAGUCUUCAUACCAGGCAGCAUCAUUUAAAAUUUCUUCACCUAUCAAUGAAUGGAUACGUUUUGCCAUCAAAGUGAAAGACGAUGAAGUGAUAUUCUUCCUCAAUUGUCAGCAAGCAGAAGUGACCCGUAUCGAGCGUUCCCCUGAUGAAAUGGAAUUGGAGGGAGGAGCUGGAGUCUUUGUUGCACAAGCCGGAGGGGCAGAUCCAGAUAAAUUUGAGGGUGCUAUUGCCGAGCUAAGGGUUAGUGGUGAUCCUGAUCUGGCUGACAGACAGUGUGAUGAAGAUGAAGGAGGAGAUGAUUCUGAUGAUGCUUCAGGUGACUAUGGAAGUGGCAUUGAAGAGAAGAUUAAAGUUCAAAUGGAGUCCAGCAUCACAGUUAAACCUUUAGUUCUGCCCCCAGUGACAAAAGACGAUAUUUCAGUGAAAAAGGAGAAGGACAAAGAGAAAGAGAAGCAUAAGCCUCCAGUCGCCAUUGAAACUGAGAAGAAGCAUGUAUUUGAAAAAGUUGAAUCUUUACCCCCCAAAGUCAAAGAAGGCAUUCCUGCUCAAAUUGGUCCUGCUGGUCCGAAAGGAGAUAAAGGAGAUCGAGGAGAAAAGGGCUCCCGAGGCGAUCAAGGGCCUACUGGUCCAAAAGGAGACAAUGGUGCUAUUUCAACAGGCACUCAGGGUGGAAAGGGGGAACCAGGAGAAAAGGGAAUGAAGGGACGUGCUGGCUUUGGAUACCCUGGACCCAAAGGAGAUACAGGUGCCCCUGGACCACCUGGCCCUCCUGGUCCUCCAGACCUGCAGCAGAAGUGGUUAAACGUGGAGAUGGGUACUGUGGUGCAACAAGUUUCAGGGCCUCAAGGACCUCCUGGAAAACCUGGACCACCUGGUCCAUCUGGACCUGCUGGAGCAGAUGGGGAACCUGGGGACCCGGGUGAAGAUGGAAAACCUGGAACUGUUGGCCCACCUGGAUUUCCUGGAUUACCAGGUGACACGGGUCCAAAAGGAGAUAAGGGAGAGAAAGGAGAAGGGCAGCCAGGACCAAGAGGACCUCCUGGUCCUCCUGGCCCCCCAGGACCCCCACGCUCUGACAAACAGACCUUUUUUGACAUGGAAGGCUCUGCAUUUCCUGAUUUGGACAGCAUUAGGGGUCCUCCUGGACUGCCAGGUUUGCCUGGACCCCCAGGUCCACCAGGCCCUCCGAGCACUACUGGAACUCUAGGGCCAGUUGGACCACUAGGGCCUCCAGGUAGUAAUGGAAAAGAUGGAGCUCCUGGUCCCCGUGGACCUGCAGGUCUUCCAGGACCUCCUGGUAAAGAUGGGAGCGCCGGACAGCCUGGAGCCAAAGGAGACAAGGGCGAGUCAGGUGAAUAUGGACUUCCAGGACCAAGCGGAGAAAAAGGUUCAAAGGGUGAUACGGGCAUUCCAGGAAAUACUGGUGAAAUUGGAUUGGCUGGACUUCCUGGACCCAUGGGCCCUGUUGGGCUACCAGGGCCACAGGGACCUCCAGGACCUCCAGGACCAGGAUUUGCAUUUGGCAUUGAUGAUACAGAAGGCUCAGCAUUUGGAGUUAGUGGACCAGACGGUAAACCAGGACUACCUGGAGUUCCAGGCAUGCCUGGACCAAAGGGUGAUCGUGGAAUACAUGGUAUACCAGGACUAAAGGGUGAACCUGGAAUACCUGGAGCAGCAGGAAAAGAUGGUCAACAAGGGUUACAUGGCUUCCCUGGACCAGAGGGGCUGAAGGGAGAUAAAGGAGACCGGGGUGAAAGAGGAGAGUCAGGAAGAGAUGGACACGGACUGCCAGGCCCACCUGGACCACCUGGUCCUCCUGGAAGGAUCACUUAUGAAGCAUCAGAGAAUCAUGGAUUUAAUGGAGUACCAGGACCAGAGGGAAAACAAGGUAUAAAUGGACAAGCAGGAUUCCCUGGCCCCAUGGGACCAAAAGGUGAUAGAGGAGACCCAGGACCACCAGGAUAUGGAAUUAAGGGAGAAAAGGGUGAGCCUGGUAGCUUAAUAGGCCCUGAUGGAAACAUCGUGAAUGGGUACCUGUCUAGAGCUGCUAAAGGAGAAAAGGGUGACCGAGGACCUCCAGGACCUUUUGGUCCCGUGGGCACAGCUGGACACAAAGGUGAAAUUGGGUUGCCUGGCAGGCCUGGCCGUCCAGGACUUAAUGGGUUCAAAGGAGAAAAGGGAGAGCCUGCAGACCCCAGUGGCAGAUAUGCUGUGGUGGGUCCUCCAGGUCCUCCCGGCCCACCAGGUCCACCUGGGUCUCCAGGGAUUGCAGGAUAUGACGAAACGGGUGGAGCAGGUCGUGUGCUCACAGGUGGUAAAGGAGAAAGAGGAUUCCCAGGGUAUCAAGGAGAGAAAGGAGAGCCAGGAGAACCAGGACAGCCUGGACUUCCCGGACAACCUGGGUCACUGUCAAACUUUGAUGUUUACUCAUUAAAGAGAGAACUGAAAGGGGAGAGGGGAGACUUGGGACAGAAAGGAGAGAAGGGUGAACCAGGAGGAGGAGGAGGAGGAUAUUAUGAUCCCCGAUUCUCAGGAAUUCAAGGCCCUCCUGGAAAACCAGGUCCCCCAGGACUCCCAGGCCCUAAAGGUGAUUCAAUUAGGGGCCCUCCAGGUCCAUCAGGGCAUCCAGGACCCCCUGGCGUUGGUUAUGAUGGCCGCCCAGGUCCUCCAGGCCAGCCAGGCUUACCAGGACCUCCAGGACCAAGUGCCUCACCGGGAGCUUCCAGGCACAGUAUUAGCAUUCCUGGCCCACCUGGCCCCCCAGGCCCUCCUGGACCACCCGGAUACCCCUCAGGGGUGAAUAUUGUACGAAAUUUACAGACCAUGAUCACUACAGCAAGAAAUGUGCGGGAGGGUACUUUAAUUUUGAUUUUGGAAAAGGGAGACCUUUACAUCCGAGUCCGGGAUGGAUUUCGGCAAAUUAUGCUAGGAGAAUACACUCCAUUUUUUGGACCAGGUGGUGGAAUAUUUGAAAAUGAAGUGGCUGCAGUUCAACCACCUCCUGUUAUACUUUAUCCCCACUCCCACCCUUCCCAGAGUGCUGCAGAAACUAUUUCUCAGGAUGGCCAAGACAUAAAGGAAGACCUACCCCCCCACUCUCCUGUACGCCAGCCAGAUUAUGGCCAUAGCGUCUAUCCCAGUGUACCGGAUCCACCCAGAAGGAAUCCACUGUUGCCCCAAGUCAGCUAUCCCGAUUCACCCCAACAUAGACCACAUCUGUCUGAAUCGUCUUCCUCUGCUAUUCAUUUACAUGGCACAGGGCCUGCGUUACAUCUGAUAGCACUCAACAGUCCUCAAACAGGAGACAUGCGAGGCAUUCGAGGAGCUGAUUUUCAGUGUUUCCAGCAAGCCAGAGCAGUGGGACUGACGGGCACAUUCCGGGCCUUCCUCUCAUCUAAACUUCAGGACCUCUACAGCAUUGUGCGCAGGGCAGACCGGAAUACUCUGCCAAUAGUCAAUCUGAAGGAUGAAGUGCUCUUUGACAGCUGGGAGUCGCUAUAUAAUGGCCUAGAUGGCCAAAUGAAACCAAAUGUUCAAGUUUACUCCUUUGAUGGUCGCGAUGUCCUUAAGGAUAAUACAUGGACCCAGAAAAUGGUCUGGCAUGGCUCAAACAACAAGGGUCAGCGUAUGACGGAUCACUACUGUGAGACGUGGAGGACGGGAGUCCAUGAACUGACCGGAUUUGCCUCGUCGCUUGAGGCAGGACGACUACUGCAGCAGCGUCCUGUUAGCUGUUCCAGUUCUUUAAUUGUUCUCUGCAUUGAGAACAGCUUCAUGACACAAGCUAAAAAGUAACGGACCCCAAGAGCCCGCUGUCCAUAACCCACCACGGGCAGUGUCCAAACUGCAGGCCGCCUGCACUACGGGCCUCCCAUGAUUCCCACUUCUCAAGCCUCCUGCUGUAUUGAGAGAAGCCAAAACACUCGUGUAGACCCCACUUUCCAGUCAGCCCCCACCAAAUGGUCAUAAAGUACCCGGGUCAUUUUGGCAAUAUGUUAUUUUAAUGGUCUUUGUUGUAUAGGAAUUUAAUGUGUGUUCUGUUGUUGAUUCUGUUUUCAGAACUUUUAUACAUGUAAUCGAUUUUUAUGUAAUAAUGUGCAUAAUACCCUUUUUUUAUUUUUGGAAGACUGUUGGACAUUGUCAAUAAGCACAGUAGUAUUUUUGGAUAAAAAAAAAAAGUUAUUUAUUCUGGUAAAAGAAAUUUACAAAACAGGCAUGAAUAAGAAUUAAUUUGGGAGCCACUUUUUUUGUUUGUUUUUUUUAAAGUAAUAAUUUAAAUGAGACAUUUGCAAUACACUACGGUCAGAGGCUAAUUUUUAUUAAUUUUGAUAACAAGUACAAAUGUCUAUGUAAGAAUGAGCACAGUGGGGUAGGAUUGUACACGUUUUUCCCCAAUUUUAUUUUGUUUAAAAAAAAAAAAGUCGAACCAAAAAUGGUGCGUUUUUAAAACUGUCGAUGCAUCAGUGGCAGACAUCUGAAGUUACUAUUUUUCAUUAACAAACAGUAUUCCAAACUCGAAAUCGUGGAUAAGCAGUUUAUCCGCUGGCAGUGCCAAAUUCAGCACAAAUCAGUCUUGAGCACAGGGUGGGGACGUUCUGCUGGUGUGCCUUAAGGUGACGUGUCGGCUCACGACGGACCGUCCGUCGGCUGUGGCCAGGAGGAGGAAGCUGCAGUGAGAGCUAGGGCAGCUCUUGUGAUUGUGUUUGCCUUUCGAAAGAUUCACAUUCAUUUGUUUGAAUUGGUGCUACUAUGUUGUAAACUACUGUUUUGGAAAUCCAUGUGGGGCAAUUGAAAUGUCGUAACGGAAGUAUUUUCAUUUGACAUUAGCUGUGUUUUCUUUUCUAACUACAGUAUCACUGCUUGCCAUGUUAUCAGUUGUGUACCUAAGCGAACCUGUGGAUUUCCAUUUUUGAUUUGCUGUUUGUAACUUGUAUUGUGCUGUAAACAUUUUCUCUGAGGCACUGAAUAAAGGUACAAAUCUUUUA